UGGUCAACGUUGUGUCCUGAAAACGUCCUCCUACGUGUCGAGUACAUGCAUUUGAAAAGUGGGCUUGCUUACGCCUAGAUUCUAAAACUGAAAAAUCAAAACCCAAGCGUGUGUAGCUCUAAUUAACUGAAUUCAGCAUGGCAGAGGAGUACAGUGCACGAAUUACAGAUGUGGUAAACAGCGGCAGUGUUGCUUUCAUGAUGUCAUUGGCGAAAGACACAGGCAUCCUUACAGCGCUGAAAGACGCUUUGCAACCUCUGACCUCACAAGAAAUGGCUGAUUUGAAAGGUCUAAAGGAAAGGCUUCCACUACAGCGAAGAGGUCCAUGAGGUGUUGGAGGAAAUCAGUAUCCGUCUCACAGAGCCUAACAUUAACACCAUGCUCACCAACAUCGCUGGUCUGAAAGAGAGACUAGAGACAGGUAUUGACGUCAUAGAGUUUGGCUGUGGUUCUGGACAGCUGCUGGCAAGUCUGGCCACCAGUUACCCCAAGAGCCGCUUCACGGCGUCCGACGUGGCUCCGGAACUUGUCGACAAGCUGCGCGGGAAAUGGGGUCACCUGGCCAACAUGUCCUUCGAGAUACACAACCUGUGUCGUUUGGGAGAAACCAUGCAGAAAAAAUAUGACUGGGUCUACUCGGUCAACGUUAUUCACGACCUCUCGAAACCGCAAGAGGCGCUCGACGGCAUGCGGGGAAUUGUGGAGGAAGGAAAUGGGGUGUGCUCUGUCAUCGAGCCUUGCAUGAGCCAGACUGGUGCUCACGCGGAAAGUGUUGGGAACUCAGCUGUUGCUGCCUUCUACGGGGUAAGCACCUUCAUGUGUGUCCCCGAGAGCUUCCAAGAGGACAACAGCGUUGCCCUGGGUAUGUGUGUGGGCAAAAAGGGUAUUGUCGAUAGGUUGCUGAAGGCGAAGUUCAAAGUAGAAGACUUUAAAGCCCUGACUUGAAUGCCCUGUAUGUCUGCACACCCGUUUGAUGACAUGAGGCACAGAUUAUCAUGCUGUAUAUUCCACAUACAGUGUACUUAUUAAGAAAAUCAAGGACUCUUUGUGCUGCAAUUGAGACAGACAGACAGACAGACAGACAGACAGACAGACAGACAGACGGACGGAC